GACACUAAUGUGGCUAGCUGGUAGCUAACCAUGCAUAUAUUAUUAAUUGUACCGGUAAAACAUUUCAAUAUUUUCAAACUGUAACAUUAGUAACAAGCUAGUGUCCCGUAGAGCCUUCUGCUGUUUUGCGGUAAUGCGGAUUGACAGAAGAAUCUAACCCGGAAGCUGGCCUGGAAGAAAGAAGAUGCUUAUGUUGGCCUAGCAAGUUAGCUAUCUGAGUUGUAUGGAAAGUAAUCCGCAAGCUAAACUAUUUCUGAAGAAUUCACGAUGAAUGAGGAUUCUGCCGACCUAUCCAUCCCCCCUCUCUCCUGCUCCACUGAACCCAACCCUCCAGAGUCACUGGUUCCUGACUCUAACCAUAGAGACAUCGACACCUGCAGUGAAAUACCCAGAUUUAACAUUGUAGUCAAGGAGGAGGAAGACUGGGACGUGGAUGAUACUGUCGAACGAGGAGCGAGUUCUAACUCCAGCUCUAGUGAUGGGGCACCAGCAGAACCUGAACAGCACCAGGAGAAUCGAGCUAAGAAGUUUUGGAGCUGCCCAGAUUGUGGAAUAGAGAUCGCUCACCCAUCUAAUUUCAACAGACACCUGAGAACACACACAAACCUUGCUAAGGAAUCUUCCGUCUGUCCAAUAUGUGGGAAAGACUUUGUUCACCCCUCCAAACUGAAGAGACAUUUCCGAACACAUACAGGAGAGAAGCCUUACCAGUGCUCUGUGUGCGGGAAGCGAUUCACACUGAAGCCCCACCUGGAAAGACAUCAGAUGACCCACCCUGGAGGGAAGCAGCCAGACGCGACAAAGAGGCACCCAUGCUCCGAUUGUGGAAAGGAAUGUUUCUCUGCAUAUGAACUGAAGAUGCACAUGAGAAAGCACACCGGGGAGAGACCUCACCAGUGCUCCUACUGCGAGAUGAGCUUUGGCUGUAAGGGAACUCUAUCGAGACACGUACGACGCCAUACAGGAGCACCCACACCGAAACCUUACCAAUGCUCACAGUGUGGGAAGAGAUACGAGUCACCGUCGAGGCUCAGGCAGCAUCAGACUGUGCACACUGGAGAGAAACCUUACGAGUGCUCUGAUUGCGGGAGGGGUUUCGCUUCGACCGAAGGUCUUCGCAAACGUCAAUGCAGCCAUGCCAGUAACCAUAGCAAUCAGUGUACACUGGGAAUUCCAGAUAUGGUGUCAUCAUCGGGCAGUCAAACUAUGAAUAUCAAGGUCGAAGACGAGGAACAGGUGCUGGCAAUUAAUGUCAAAGAGGAAGAGGAGGAGGAAAUGGUUGUUUCUGUCAAUGCUGAUAGAGAGAAACCUUACCGUUGUACCUCCUGUAAAAAUACCUUUGAUCACCGUAGCUCUCUAGCAAGACACAAACAAUCCCACACUAGUGUCGCACAAUACAGCUGCUCAGAAUGUGGGAAGGAAUUCAGCCAAUCGUGGACUUUCAAGAUUCACAUGCAACAGCACACCGGAGAGCACCCGUACCACUGCUGUCAGUGUGAUAAGAGUUUCUCAGCUUCAACACUCCACAAAAGACACCAGCGACUUCACACUGAGGUGAAACCUUACCCCUGCUCUCUCUGCAGAAAUGAAUUAUCCUCGUCAGCAAAUCAGUGCUGUCUCCAUGCUGGAGAAGGACCUGUGGCUAGCCUGAGCCAAGCUCCUGGACAGGGAUCACAGCAGCAGGUGUCUGCAGCGGUAGAGGAGUCUGUUGUACUGGAUGUCAAAGUGAAAGAGGAGGAGGAGGAUCCUGCUUUUGAAGAGAGACCUGACCACUGCUCUGAGAGUGAAGGGAGUCCCUCUACAUCAGGACUACCUGAACAACACCAGGGGAAUCACACAGUUAAGAAGAUUCACUGCUGUUCGGUGUGUGGAAAAAACUGUCACAAGUUAUCAAAACUACAAAUACAUAUGAGAACUCACACAGGAGAAAAGCCUUACUCCUGCUCUGUCUGCGGGAAGCAAUUCAGUGACAAAGGAAACCUGAAAAAACACCAGACGGUGCACACAGGAGAGAAGCUGUACAGUUGCACCGUGUGCGGGGAGAGUUUCUCUUCAUCGUCAAAUCUUACCAAACACCAGAGAACACACACAGGAGCGAGUCAAGUGUCUGUAGCUGUAGAAGAGUGUGGUUUUACACCACCAUUGGUUAUCAAAGUGAAAGAGGAGGACGAGGAUCCUGCUUUUGCAGAGAAACAUAACCACUGCACUGACAGUGAAGUGAGUCACUCUACAUCAGGAGAACCUAAAAAAAAACAGGAGAAUCACACAGCAAAGAGCUCUCAUUGCUGUACAGUGUGCGGAAGAGAUUGCCAAAAGCUAUCAUCACUGCUAAUACAUAUGAGAAUACACACAGGAGAAAAGCCAUACCCUUGCUCUGUGUGUGGAAAGCAGUUCCGUGUAAAAAGACAUCUUCAAGACCACCAGAAAGUGCACACUGGAGAGAAACCUUACGUCUGCUCCAAAUGUGACAAGAGGUUUGGUUUCGCCUCAGCCUUGAAAAGGCACCAGUGGUUACACGCAGAAGAGAAACCUUACUCCUGCUCUGUGUGUGGGAAGGGUUUCGGCCGUCCAGAUCAGUUAAAGGACCACUCUCUGCAACACGCAGGGAAACCCCACUGCUGUUCUGUGUGUGGGAAAGGUUUCAGCCGUCCAGAUCAGCUAAAGGACCACUCUCUGCAACACGCAGGGAAACCCCACUACUGUUCUGUGUGUGGGAAGUGUUUCAGUGAGAAGGGGUAUCUUGAAGACCACCAGUCAGUGCACACUGGAGAGAAACGACACCCUUGCCCUGUCUGCAAGAAGAGUUUUGUAAGAUUAGCAGGCCUUAAAGUCCACCUCAGAUAUCAUACAGGAGAGAAACCUUACAGCUGCGCUAAAUGCGGCCAGAGCUUCAUUAGUUCUCAAAAACUUCAGAGACACCAGAAAACUCAUGCUGGUUUACCACCUGUUGAGUUUCAAAACCCUGUUACAAUUGAAGGAGAGCGGGAGGGAGAAGAUGAGGAAGUUGGUGGUCUGAUUAAUUCAGAUGGAGAAGAGGUUGGUUGGGAUCUUCAUCGUCUCGACGAGAGUUCGGAGGGGAGAACCUCUACAUCAGGAGAACCUAAAGAAACCUAGGGGAAUCUCAAAGCUCAGAGAUACAGUUGCUCUGUGUGUGGGACAGACCGGCAACGGUUAUUUGAUCUGAAAAAGACAAAAUGACAGUGCACACAGGAGAGAAAUCGUACAGCUGUCCUGUGUGUGGGAAUAGUUUUAGACGAGCAGACCUCGUGAAACAACACCUGUGGACACACAAAGGAGACACAUGGGGAGAAACCUUACCCGUGUUCUGUCUGUGGGGAGACUUUAAGCAAGAUCGCCAGACCUUUAAAAUGCACAAUAGAGUUCAUACAGGAGAGAAACCUUACAGCUGUGCUGAAUGUGGCCAGAGCUUUUUGCCAUAGUUUCUACAUCUGUGUUGUUAUAUUGCUUAUAUAGGUCUAUCUCAUUAGUAGCUUAUUAAUAAUUUUAGGUAAUGUAAGAAUGAUGCAUUUAAUUGUUUUUCUUUACUUUGUGUGUUAUAAUUAUCUCUUGUGAUUUUCUCCAUGAGGGUGGUGAGAGAGAGACCCAACAACUUAUUAUAUUAUAGUAUCCCUUCCUCGUAACCAUGUUUGCCAGUGACCGUCUCUUCCCAUUAAAAUAUUUUUGUUUGUCAAAAAGUUCCGUUGAUAGACCCAUGUAAUUCCAGCUCGUAUUGCGAGUGUUGUUUUCCCAAUGCUUUUUCAGUGCGUCUGUCUGUCUAUAAAAGUGAAUCCUCGUGA